UUCAGUGAAGCAAGAUUCUCAAAUGAGACGUCGGUGUAUUCCUGUCUGUUAGCCAGUCCAUGGACGGUUUGGAAAAUUGGACAAAGUUUUAGACCUGGGUUUAUUUCUGCAGCUGACAGGCCCUGCUCAGUCAGUACCUUCUUCUCCCUAGCUGUGUUGUGUUUAAGACACGGAGUUCAUGACGGUUGCUGACGGUGACACUUUAGCGCUCAUCAUGCCCGUCCGAGCAGAGUGCUGCUGUUCCCCCGACUCGGCCUGCCCAUCCUCGGCCUCUCUUGUUCCCCCUGCCCCGAUCAACGCCCAUCAGCCGGGGGUAGCCACAACUCUGCUCUACAGCGGCUCACAGUUUCGGGGUUAUCAGAAGAGCAAAGGCAACGCCUACGACGUCGAGGUUGUUUUGCAGCAUGUGACUGUGGAGGACUCCUAUUUGUGUGGAUACCUGAAAAUCAAAGGUCUGACCGAGGAGUAUCCCACUCUUACAACAUUCUUUGCUGGUGAAAUUAUCAGUCGAAAGAGGCCAUUUUUAACUCGGAAGUGGGAUGCAGAUGAGGAUGUGGACAGAAAGCACUGGGGCAAGUUUCAGCCUUUUUACAAAUAUGCUAAAACCUUCAACUCGGAUGACUUUGACUAUGAAGCACUAGACAGCAGUGAUUAUGUCUUCAUGAGGUGGAAGGAGCAGUUUCUAGUUCCAGACCACACUAUCAAAGACAUCAGUGGUGCCUCCUUUGCAGGCUUCUACUAUAUCUGCUUUCAGAAGUCUACAGCCACUAUUGAAGGCUAUUAUUAUCAUAGGAGCUCUGAAUGGUACCAGUCUUUAAACCUGAACCAUGUUCGAGAACGCAGUAUGCCCAUUUAUGAGUUUCGGUGACAAACACACAUAAAAGUAUUGAGUCAGGGAGGGGGCAGUUCGUGCUGCCCUAUGGUUAAAUGGGACAGGAUCGACGGAGAGCCUUUUAGUGCCAAGUCUGGAGCUGACCUGUUUUCCACACUACUGGGAAAUAAACACAUGGUCCGAAAUGCCCCUGUUGAACUGGACAACAGGAGGCUCGGAGACAGAAGAGACAAGAUUAUUGACUGGUGUUUGCCUGGGAUUUAAUUUUUGUUUUUUAAUUUCUCCUCCUUUGGCCUGUUGUUACUUAAAGUUUGUGUAUCUUUUUACACGUUAAAAUAGGUUCAUGUUUUGCUUUUGUGGAGGCACCAAUCAUAAUUAUUUUCAGUUAAGCGAAGAAAAGUGAAAGUAUGACGAGUGAAAUGUUGAACAGCUGUUUAGAGUAAGGAUUAAUUUAUUUCUCUAAUUUUAAAUGUACAUUAUCUCUGCAAUAUUAUGCUCCAUAGUGAUUGGUGCAAAGUAUGACUAUUGCCAAAAAAAAAAAGCUGCAACAGAAGAAAUACUGAAAAGUUUCUAGUUUUUAUGCAAGAUUGCUCUGAUGAUCAGGGAUGAUAUGUAUUUACAAGCUGAAAAUGUGGGUCAAAUGUGAAAUCAAUCCGCUUGACUGUGUUCAAAUUACAGUAUUACUAAUCUAACAAGUAAUUAAUGAUAACAACUUAUCGUUCUUAGAAAACUAAAUGCAGUUUUUGCAAAAGCUGUAAAUGAUGUAACAUAUUGUUUAUGCAAGCCAAAGGUCACCUCUACAUGUGAUUUGUAAUAUCACCCAUCAUACUUUAUUUCAGUUUAAGAUAAGAGAACUAAUUUCAGUGUAAGAGAGAUUUAUUUAUUUUUUAACGAAAGGUGACCUCAAGGUAUAAAAAUGAGGGAAGUUGACCAGCAUUUGAAGCUCAGACAUGUUACAGUACAUUCCGACUUAUUUACUGACCUAUUAAUUUUGACACAUAAGAUUUCAUUCACACAAGACUUGUCAACUAACAAUAGACCACAAGUUUAGAGAUGCCAGUAUGUGGGUUUUGAGGGCACACAUAGAGCUUAAAGUAAUAAAAAAAUAGAAGACGGUCAUGCAAAAGUGCUUGGCCUAGUGUUCUUCAUUAUGUUGUCACCUUAAGGUCAUCAUUUUCACAUUUUUGUGUCAAGACGCAGUAAAAGCUAACUGAAUUUUAGAGCACUCUCUUAAAACAGGCACAAGAGUUGGACAUCAAGAGUGUUACGUGACAUUGUCUUGCUUCUCUACAGUGUGACACUGAAUUUUUUGUAAGAAAGAAAAGCACCUUGUAUGGCUCAGAAGGAGAGCGAUAAGUAGGAACGGGUGAUGGAGGGAGAACAAACCUCCUGUGAUGCUUUAGAAAAAAACCUGCUGCCUUACAUUUUUAAAUGUUUCUUUGUAAUACAUUAUUUAAACAAAAUCAUGAAAAUAUAUUUCUGUGUUUAAGAGAAUUGUGAGAAAGAAUCAUCAGCAUUAAGGAUACUGAAAGGCUUCUCCUCUUGAAUAGAGUUGCUGUAAAGUUUUCUACUGUCGAGUGCAUGUUCCCUGCCUGCCUCUUUGUUGCUUCUAGACUUUCAGCUGGUUUGGUAGCCUGCAGCAAUGAUAAGUGGAUUUUGAUAAAUGUUGAGGGAAUACAGUUGAUGUAAUUUUUUAAAGGUCAUGAAUGGGUUGUGGAUUGAACAUAAUCAAAGGGAAAAAUUUAAAAUUACCUUUUUUUUAAUGAUUAUGUAACAGUGAAAACGACAAAUGUGCAAUGUGAGUAAACAUUUUUGUUUGGGAAUGUCAGAAAAAAUGUCGAUACUACUUUAAAGGAGAUGAUGUAUGAUAAACCUGCUACAAGUGAUGAAUAAAAAGUGAACUAUUUCAUA